AUGCGGAAGACCCGCAGGCCCGCGGGGUCCCCGGGAGCCUGGGCAGGCGCCGGCGGCCGCGCCGGGCAGCGCCCCUGGGUCUGGCAGCCCCGGCCGGCUUCCGGCUUCCGGGAGGGCGGAGCCACGGGCAGGGCGCCGGCGCGGGCGGCGUGGGGUGGGCGUGGCCCGGGUGGAGGCGCCCGGACUGGGACGGCCGCGAGACGGCCGCGCUCCGGCGUCUGGGCUCGGAGGAGCCCGGGCGGGACGCACGUGCGCGCCGAGCUCCGCUCUCGGGUUGCGGCGGGGGAGAAGCCGGGGUCCAGCCCGGAGGUUGACGGUGCCGUGCAUCCCCGCGGAAGCCGCGGGGCGCGCUGGGCGCUGCGGUGUGAGCGUGGAAGGCUGGCGGGAACGGAUCCGGAGAUCCUUCGAAGCUGCACCCCAAGUCAGGCGGGCGCCAUCAUGCCUCAGCAGCUCCUGAUCACCGUGUCCCCCGAGGCGAAGUUGAGGCAACCCAGGAAGACCAAGGAGGGGGCGUCCCUGUGGGACGAUGUGACGAAAACGUUUGAAGGAGGAGCUCUGCUACCCCGUGAUGCGGACGGGACCCAACCAGAAAGUUUAACUGAUGGAAUGGUCCCCAGCGCCCUUGCGGCGGACUCCCAGGAAUCACUGACUUUCAAGGACAUAGCUGUGGACUUAUCCCAGGAGGAGUGGGGACAACUGGCUCCUGCCUACCGGGAGUUGUAUCGGGAGGUGACGCUGGAGAACUACAGGAACCUGGUGUCAGUUGCAGGAUGUCAACUUUCCAAGCCUAGUGUGAUUUCCCAGUUGGAGAAAGGAGAAGGACCAUGGAUGGCAGAGAGUCGAGGCCCAGAGGAUCCCAUUUUAGAUGUGAAGAAUAAACCAGAAGCCAAGGAAUCAACGGCAGAGAAUGACAUUUCCCUCAAGUUCUGUCAUGGCAUCAUGAGUGAAAGGCUCAGAAAGGGUGAUGUAGUUUGUUCUACACUGAAAAAAGCCUCCAGCUAUGAUACAGGAGAAAGGCAGCGGGGAGCCCGCGGGAAAGGUGUGAGACAAGCCGUUUUGACCCACAAAAAGCGACACCAAGAAGGGAACAAACUGGGGGGAAACCUCCAGGGUUCCAACGUUAUUUUAGAACAGAAGCCCCAGAGCUACAGCCCAGCCAGGAGGAGGAACAAAUCUAAAUCCGAUUCGGUCAGCCGUCCGAUGAGCUGCGUAAGGGCCCGGAUGUAUGGCUGCAGUGUGUGUGCAAAGAUGUUCAAACAGCCCGUCCACCUCGCUGAGCACGUGAGGGUCCACACGGGCGAGAAGCCGUUCCGGUGUGAGCAGUGCGGCCGGGCCUUCAGCCAGAGCGCCUCCCUGAGCACGCACCGGAGGAUCCACACGGGCGAGAAGCCCUUCCGGUGCGAGGCGUGCGGCCGGGCCUUCCGGCACCGCUCCUCGCUCAGCCAGCACCGCCGCACCCACACCGGGGAGCGGCCCUUCGCGUGCGACCGCUGCCCCAAGGCCUUCAGCCAGAACGUCAGCCUGAGCCAGCACCUGAGGACGCACUCCGGAGAGAAGCCCUUCGGCUGCCGCGAGUGUGGGAAGGCCUUCCGGCAGGUCCGCCACCUCAGCGAGCACGCGCGGAUCCACACGGGCGAGAAGCCCUACGCGUGCCCCGCCUGCUGCAAAACCUUCAGCCACAGGGCCUACCUCACACACCACCAGCGAACCCACACCGGGGAGCGGCCCUACGCCUGCGCCGAGUGCGGGAAAGCCUUCAGGCAGAGGAUCCACCUCAGCAACCAUCAAACGGUCCACACGGGCGUGAGGGCCUACGAGUGCGGCCGCUGCGGGAAGGCCUACCGGCACGACUCCUCCUUUAAGAAACACCAGAGGCGGCACAGCGGGGAGAAGCCUUACGAGUGCAGCGAGUGCGGGAAGUCCUUCAGCUACAACUCGUCCCUGAGCCGCCACCAUAAAAUACACAGGAGGAACGCUUGCCGAGACACCGGACGUGAGGACGAAAGGCAGCUCCAAACUGGCGACUGACUCAGAGCUUUAAAAUUUCAGGACCCAAACAAACUUGAGAAAUUGAUAACAGCGACAGCGGCAACUCUCGACUUUGCCAAUAGCGUAAAUAAACACUCCUUUGAUUACUACGGCCUGACACUCAUGUGCAGUGAUAAAUUUGGCAUUAAAAAAAAAUCAGUUAUUUUUUUAUUAUUUCAUGAUAAAUUAAUAAAUUAUACCUUUAUGGA